AUGAUGGAUAUUGCCGAAGUUGAAGAAAGUCUUUUUGCAGCUACUGAUGCAAAGUUGCAUGGCGAAAUGUGCAAAGCUUUAUCUGCAAUCUAUUGCAAGAUCUUGUCUGUAUUCCCCUCCUUAGAAGCAGCAAGGCCUAGGAGCAAGUCGGGCAUACAAGCACUAUGUUCACUCCAUAUAGCACUCGAAAAAGCGAAAAACGUUCUCCAGCACUGCUCAGAAUGUAGCAAACUUUAUUUGGCCAUAACUGGGGACUCCGUCCUUCUAAAAUUUGAAAAGGCAAGAGCUGCCCUUGGAGAUGGUUUGAAGCGAGUCGAAGAUAUUGUUCCACAAUCUAUUGGGUGUCAAAUUUUGGACAUUGUGAAUGAACUUGAGUCGAUCACAUUUUCACUCGAUCCAUCAGAGAAACAAAUCGGUGAUGAGAUCAUCGCCUUGCUUCAACAAGGCCGUAAGUUCGACAACUGCAAUGAUAGCAACGAGCUUGAAUCCUUUCAUCAGGCUGCUACUAAGCUAGGUAUCACCUCUUCCCGGGCAGCUCUCACUGAACGAAGGUGUCUCAAGAAACUCAUAGACAGAGCUCGUGUGGAGGAAGACAAGCGAAAGGAGUCCAUUGUAGCUUAUCUCUUACACCUCAUGAGGAAAUACUCCAAGCUAUUCCGAACAGACCUUACAGCAGAUGACAACGACUCGCAGGGUUCAACACCUUGUUCCCCGACUAUCUUAAAUUCGCUUGAUGAUAAUAAUAACCAGGCGUUCGACCGCCACCUUUCUAAGCUCAGCUCUUUCAACUUCAAGAUUCCAAAUUUUAGGAAGUCUGAGCAAUUGGCGGUCCCACCGGAGGAGCUGAGGUGUCCGAUAUCGCUCCAGCUCAUGUACGAUCCAGUCAUCAUUGCUUCAGGGCAAACUUACGAGAGGAUAUGUAUUGAGAAAUGGUUCAGUGAUGGACAUGACACUUGUCCCAAGACUCAACAGAAACUGCCUCAUUUGUUUUUGACUCCAAACUACUGUGUCAAAGGCCUUGUUGGCAGUUGGUGCGAACAGAAUGGAGUUCUUGUCCCCGAGGGUCCUCCGGAUUCCUUGGACUUGAACUACUGGCGGUUGGCGUUGUCUCAAUCCGAGUUAAACUCGAAGUCAACUGACAAUCUCAAACCUGAUUUUGUCAAAAUUGCGAAGGUUGUUCCUUUGGAGGAGGCCGACGAGAGUGAAAUGGAGAGUUUAUCUCCAGUGGAUGAAGAUAUCCACGAGGAGGAGGAAGAGGAAGACAAUGAGGUUGAUGCGUUGAAGAGAUAUCGGGGCUUUUUGAGUGUGUUGAAUGAUGAGGGUGAGAACUUGAACAAGAAGUGCAGGAUAGUCGAAGAAGUGAGGUUGUCGUUGAAGGAUGACGGAGAUGCAAGGAUUUACAUGGGAGCGAAUGGAUUUGUGGAAGCACUUCUGCAGUUUCUGCAGUUGGCUGUUCGAGCUAGGAAUGGUUCGGCUCAGGAUAGUGGCGCCAUGGCUCUGUUCAACCUUGCAGUCAACAACAACAGGAACAAAGAAAUGAUGUUAGCCGCUGGAAUCCUCCCACUACUUGAGGAGAUGAUCUCAACCUCAGACUCCCAUGCCUCAGUAACUGCCCUCUACCUCAACUUAUCCUGCCUUGAAGAAGCCAAAUCCGUCCUUGGAUCAAGCCUUGCUGUACCAUUCCUAAUCCAAAUCCUGCAAGGUCAAUAUCCAACACUGUGCAAGCUCGAUGCUCUGCAUGCCCUCUUCAACCUCUCCUCCAACCCUUCCAACAUCUCAAACCUCCUUUCCGCUGGAAUAGUGAACGGCCUCCAAUCCCUCCUCUCUUCACCCGGCAAUGAUCACUCAUGGACUGAGAAGGCCAUAGCAGUAAUGAUAAACUUAUGCUCGAGUCAAUCAGGCAAAGCAGAGAUCGCAUCUUCCUCCGGCCUGAUAACCACAAUAGCAUCAUUACUUGAUAUCGGAGAAACAGUCGAGCAGGAACAAGCCGUUGCGUGUCUCUACAUGCUAUGCAAUGGGAAUGAACUCUGUAGUCAAAUGGUCUUACAGGAAGGGGUCAUUCCUGCACUGGUCUCCAUCUCUGUAAAUGGUACUGCAAGAGGCAAGGAGAAGGCACAACGACUUCUGAUGCUCUUCCGCGAGCAGCGCCACAGAGAGCAGCAGCAGCACCAACACCACCACCAACAACAGCCAUCACCAUCUCUUGCUCCCUCUGCUCAACAAGCUGCUGCUGCAAUGCCGCGAGCUGAGAGUAGUACUUCUAAACCGGGGCCAACCCCGGAAAUGAAGCCGCUAUGUAAAGCUGCAUCCAGAAGAAAGAUGAGCAGAGCUUUUAGUUUCUUCUGGAAGAGCAAGAGCUACUCGCUUUACCAAUUCUGA